AUUUGGUAUAUACCUGUGUAAAAAAAUAUAUAUUUACAUUGGUAUAUAUUUGUUGUUCCUCAAGAAAGUGGUAGAAUGCCCCAUGAACAUUUCAAAGAAUGUAGGAAUGGUGUCAAUAGCAGUAUUUCCACAGUUGGGUCAAGCCAAAAGCCUCAUAUGAGAAAAGACUUCCUUGAAGGUGCCAACAUCACUCUAAAUCACAUCCUAAAUGCUGGCUCCUAGUUGCUAAUGUAAAAAACCCCCAUUUUAAAAUGGCCACUCACUUCCAUAUUUUUACGAGCCACCUGUGACCUCCUCACUCUUGACCAUGGCUACAACCCUUUACUCUGACUGGGUUGGUGAAGACCAUGCGAAUUAGAAGAGCCAGAAGCACAGGGCUGAGGCAUCAACAAGGUUCAGAUUGAAACACCUCUGAAGCCUGGAAGUGACUGAGCAACAUCAAGAAGCUCUGUCAUCCAAGCUUUCCAAUAUUAUCGCAGCUUCCUAGCCCUAAUUCUACUCUAAAGGCUAGAAUUAAGUUUAGGAAAAUGGUAAUUAUCUUAUUAGGGUUGCGUCAAUACACCUGCCCAGGGACUGCAGAUGAAAAUUAGCUCUUAGCUAUAUCUGGUAUAAUGCAUCAAAUUUCUUUUUAUGUGUUACGUACAGGCUACUCAUUCAGCGAAUAAUUUAUUCACGUAGUCCUACUAGUUAAUAAGCUAGGCCCAACGUGUUAAUACUCGCGUAGCCUAAUAAUAAUUCACAUUUACAAAAAGCGUGAACGUAAACUAGGAUAUGUCUAAGCUGAAGGCAAGGUUUUCAUGAUAGUUUCGCAGGACCUCCGUGGGUGUUAACAUACGUAGGCUACUACAGCCUACACCUUUGGAAUUGUAGGAGGAGACAGCGGAUAUGUAACCUAAACCUAAAUCACUAUGACUGAUGACAAGACUGAAAGCUUCGUGGAAGGACCGUGACUUUAAUCCACGGAAAUAUGUUUUUUAAGUAUCUGAUUACCCUCUUAUAUCUCACACAUCGAGGUACGCUGACGCUGCUGUCACCGCCAGUGAAUGUGACUGUAGAGUCAGUGAACUUGCAGAGCGAGCUGAGCUGGAGCUCUGUAACGAAUACUGAAAAUGUUUGGUAUACAGUGCAGUACCGAGUGAAUCGUGAGUUAUUUCAGAGUAGCAACAAGGGAUCAAGUGACCAUGAUGAUUGGCGCGUUCUGGAAUGUUCGCCCACAACGUUGAGGCGGUGCAACCUGACCUUUGAUGUGUUCACUAAUGCUAUGCUGCGGGUCCGAGCACAGGAUGGAGAACAGAUCUCACCCUGGAGCCAGUCCAGGCCGUUCAAGGCCGUAGACCAGAGCCUUUUCGGCCCCCCAAAUGUUACGCUGUGGCCCAGACCCGAAAAGGGCAGGCUGGAUGUUCGCAUACGAGACCCCUUUGACAGGAAAGAUUUCUUGAACGGACUGAAGUACAGGCUCUACUACAAAAAAGCAACUGAUAGCAACUGGACGAUACAUAGUGACACCUUAUCCUCAGCAUCCAUUGAAAACUUAGAGGCGGGGCUAAACUACUGUGUGCAAGCUCGCUACGUCUGGCGCGACAAGCUCAGGCCGAACAGUAUCCCCAGCACGCCAAAGUGUGCCAUCAUUUCAGAGUCCGAAAAUUCAAGAACAAUCCGGACUGUGUGGGUCACGGCACUGAUAAUUGUCCUGACAUUUGGGCUCUUACUCAUGUGCUUCUUCAUGGUCAACAGAAAUUACAAUAAAUUCAAGCAGGCCCUGCAGCCCCCAUUGCGGAUGCCAGAACACCUGCAUAAGUUCCUGUCUGGGGAAGAACAGUUUCUACAGCCCCCAGUGAGCAGCAGCUCCUGCUCCAGCUCAGAGGAGGAGCCUUUUGACAAAAUCUCUCUGGUGACUAUCGAGGACCAAGGAGGGGGCGGAGGAGAAAUUAACCUCAACACGUAGACGCCCUUGAUCCUUAAGUGGAACCACCCUGCCCCGCGCCCCCCCUCCCCCCACUCUCCAGAUCCAAUCACAGCUCGCUCCUCAGGGCUUCUCGGCCCCCUCCCAGAGUCUGAGAACCAGGCCCUCCGGCCGAGGGGGGUGGGGGGGGGGGGGGGGUGUGGGCUGCGGGCUACGGUGGAGCCACUGGGAGGGGAGUUAGGGAGCGUACGUCCGCAUGGUGUGGCCCUGGGGCUUCGCAGCGCUGGAAAAACAUAGCAUACGCAGAUGUCGAUGCGGGAAUCCCUGCUCUCCCCAAACACUACUGAAUCGCUUCGUCUGAGAUUGGACAGAUUGUACAGAGCGUACAUGGGCUUGGAAAGUGAAUGAUGCUGUCUCGGGCGUCAUAAAAUACCACAUCAAAAACGCCUCUCCCGGUGUUUUCGAGGCACCUCGACUACCGCAUUUCUCCUGUGGGAACGGAAAGCAGCAUCGACUGCUUUCUGGGCGGCGUUCGAAAGACGUUACAGAUCUGCGUUCACACGCACCUAUCUCUCAACCGAAAAAAUGGCAUACAGAGGAAAUACCUGGACCCACAAAGAAGUGGAAAUAUUAUUACAGUUGAGAAGCGAGGAAGAAAUUGCCUCUCAACUUUGACCCACACAGAUCGUGUACUGCUGCACCCAAAUACCAGACACAUGCAUUUCAUUUCUCUCAUUUGAUUUCUUUUGAAGACAUUGAAUCUUCUUCUUUUUUUUGAUUUCGUAGUCUCUUCGCCCACGCCUACGGUCCGACUCAUAUGCGCUUUAUA